GAACACGGCUCUGAACUAGCAUGUUUUUGAGAACUUUUACCUUCAUUUUAGUUCAUUUAAGCGCUUUAUAAUGGCAAUGAAGUGCAGUCAAGAAGCUAUUUUGAACUUUUUGAGGCAGAGAGGCGGUCGGGUGCCAAACACGGAGCUUGUGGAGCACUUUAAAUCUAUUUUCCCGAGUGACCCGAAGAAAAAAGCGGCGGUGCGCGAGCUGUUCAAGGGUUACGUCGACAGCGUGGCGUACGUAAAGACUGAAAACGGCGUGAAACAUGUUUGCCUGAAGAAAAAGUUUCGCGAGGACACUUUAAAUCAAGAAAAAUCCCAGCGCGAAGAUAGCGGACAGGUAAGCGGACGUGACGUGACACGCGCGGGGCAUGCUUCAGGUAUGCAAACGAGCUCGCGCCUCAACCACGCACAAGUUCCGCAUGUUUUGGAGACUUUACGAAACGACACACGAGCACAAAACCACUUUAAUGCGAGCGAGGUAGAGGAAGACGACAGUUGCGACGCUAUGGGGAACAAAGAAAGUGUUAAGCGUGAGAAUCACGACUCCAAACGUGAGGAUAAAGUGGAAAUACCCGUAAUUACACUGAGUCAACCUUCGCCGCAGCCUGUCCAAGAGCCCGUGUUCGUCCUGCCCGAACUUGAGUCAAAUGUAAACACGAAGCAGGGCGAGACGCACGGACUUACGCAAACCAGACAAGUCCCAACACCGGAGGAUGAACUACAGGAUCACGAGGCCUUUUUUGAUGCUGAAGAUGACGCGGUAAAUCUUAAUGGAAGCGACGGGACGCCCAAAAGCAGCCGAGAGCAUUUUCUGGAAGUUAUGAUGUGCAGCUCCCCGCAAGUGCGACUCAACAUCGAUCUGCGCAGGUUAUCCCGAAGCGACAGCGACUCUGCGUCCAUAUCUUCGUGCAAUUUGGAGGAAGAUCGUAACUCUGCCACGUUAGACCCGCUGGAACACGAGUGGAUGAUGUGCGCUUCCGAUGCAGAGUGGGGAAGCCUGCAGAGAUUGCUAAACGAUGACCCAGGAUUGGUUUUAAAGAAAGAUUUCGUAACCGGUUUUACGUGUUUGCACUGGGCGGCCAAGCAAGGCAAACCAGAACUUAUCGCACUUAUUAUUAACUUUGCCAAACAGCACAAUGUCCCUGUAAGUGUGGACGUCCGCUCCAGCACAGGGUACACUCCUCUGCACCUGGCCGCCAUGCACAGUCACAUGGACGUGGUGAAGCUCCUGGUGGGCGCAUACAACGCAGACGUGGAAGUACGAGACUACAGCGGCAGGAAAGCGUGCCAAUAUUUGACCGAUAAUGUCAGCGUGGAUAUACGGGACAUAAUCGGCGCGUACGAGAUCGAAACUGAGAACAAACCGGCAUCGGCGGGGAAGAGGUGGCGUUUCAACAAAGUCCUCCAAGUCAAACCUCUACGGAGACUGAACAGCACCGGGGACAGCGACACACUGGACGGGGGCGCUAGAGAGGCACCGCUGAGGAGGAGGUCGUCGUUGAGCAGGAUGAAGCCCAAGCUGCAGAAGCUGAAGUGGAGGACGUCGCAGCUCGUGCACAGUUCCACGUUUCACGGAGCGGAGGACUUGGAGAAGCGCAAAGCACGGCCCAAAACGCACUAUUUUGGAUGAACUUUGGGUUGUUUUCAUGUCUUAUCGGAUUUAGUCCAAAAUCGACAACUAAACUGGACCACGAGUCAAUUGAACCUGUUACUGUCACUCAAACAACUAAAGUUAUAUUUUAACAGCUACCUGGACUAAUAUUAUGCAAACUUUUCAAGCAUUAUAGAUCACAGAAACUACAAAGAAACCUUUCCACUGCCACUGGACAUAUUUCUACCAAGCAGAACAAAUGUUUGAGUUUUUUGGGCACUUAAACUUUACAAGGGAAUUUGGCUCUGCUGUCAUUAAAACCUAAACUUCCUAUGCAAGUUUCUAUUACAAAGCUCCUAGCACUGCCAAGCCUAUUACCACUACUAUGCCUACUACUACUUGAAUUUGAAUACUAUUACUGAACAUUAAUUUUAUUGUACAGUGCCAGUACUUUCUUGAUGCACUGCAAACCUCAUGUUACAUUCCUCACCAUUGGCUGUUUAUGUGUCACUGCUUAAUCUGCUAAUCUGUCCUCACUGAAGCACAGUGCCAGAGACUUUGCAUGUGAGCUCAAAUUUAAAGUAUUUGCACUGCUAAAAUCUACUUCUCUAUACUGAUGCAGGCUGUAUACAUUACAUUGUAUCAUGCAACGUUUUAAUCACAGGGUAAAAGAUAUAACUUAAACAUUGCAUAGAUUUGUAUACUUUUUUUUAAACAACAUUCACUUGGUUUUAUAUAUUUUGCUUGUUGAGGGGAGAUCUUGUCCACUAUUUUGCACAAUUACUUGCACAAUUUGUAAUGUUCUACUUUUUCAGGGCUGUUUUGAAAAUAGCUAUGUGAAUUUUGGUGAAGUGAAUGGUGAUUUAAAAAAAAAAAAGUAUAUAUAUAUAAAACUUAAUAAAGUCCACUAUUGCACACAGUACACUU